GAGCCGCCGCUGCCGCUGAGCGGGUCCGCCCGCCGCAAGCGGGAAGGGAAAAGAUGUCGGACACCAAGGUGAAAGUUGCCGUCAGGGUCCGGCCGAUGAACAGGAGAGAGCUGGACCUGAAUACCAAGUGCAUCGUGGAGAUGGAAGGGAACCAGACUGUGCUUCACCCUCCGCCUUCCAACACCAAGCAGGGAGAAAGAAAACCACCUAAGGUAUUUGCCUUUGAUCACUGCUUUUGGUCCAUGGAUGAAUCAAACACCACAAAGUAUGCAGGUCAAGAAGUGGUGUUCAAGUGCCUUGGAGAAGGAAUUCUUGAAAAGGCCUUUCAGGGAUACAACGCUUGUAUUUUUGCCUAUGGACAGACAGGUUCAGGAAAAUCCUUUUCAAUGAUGGGCAAUGCAGAGCAGCUGGGUCUGAUCCCACGGCUCUGUUGUGCUUUAUUUCAGAGAAUCUCUGUGGAAGAAAAUGAGUCUCAUACUUUUAAAGUUGAAGUGUCCUAUAUGGAAAUCUACAAUGAGAAAGUCAGAGAUCUGCUUGACCCAAAAGGGAGUCGGCAGUCCCUUAAGGUUCGAGAGCACAAAGUGUUGGGACCGUAUGUAGAUGGCCUGUCUCAGCUGGCUGUUACAAACUUUGAGGAUAUUGAGUCACUGAUGUCGGAGGGAAACAAAUCACGAACAGUUGCUGCAACCAACAUGAACGAAGAAAGCAGCCGGUCUCAUGCUGUAUUCAAUAUUAUAGUGACUCAGACACUUUUUGACCUGCAUUCUGGUAAUUCUGGAGAGAAAGUCAGCAAGGUCAGCCUGGUGGAUUUGGCUGGGAGUGAGAGAGUGUCCAAAACAGGAGCUGCAGGAGAACGUCUGAAGGAAGGCAGCAACAUAAACAAAUCACUUUCAACGCUGGGCUUGGUUAUAUCAUCACUUGCUGACCAAGCAGCCGGGAAGGGAAAAAACAAGUUUGUGCCUUACAGAGACUCUGUACUCACUUGGCUUCUCAAGGACAACUUGGGAGGAAACAGCCAAACUGCCAUGAUAGCCACAAUCAGUCCAGCAGCAGACAACUAUGAAGAAACACUCUCUACACUGAGAUAUGCAGACAGAGCCAAAAGGAUAGUUAAUCAUGCUGUAGUGAAUGAAGAUCCAAAUGCCAGGGUCAUCAGGGAACUACGUGAAGAAGUUGAAAAACUGAAAGAACAACUCUCACAAGCAGAGGCCAUGAAGGCACCAGAACUGAAGGAAAAAUUGGAAGAAUCUGAAAAACUUAUAAAAGAGCUAACAGUCACCUGGGAAGAAAAGCUAAGGAAAACAGAAGAAAUUGCACAGGAGAGGCAGAGGCAGCUAGAGAGCAUGGGAAUUUCACUUGAGUCUUCAGGUAUCAAGGUUGGAGAUGACAAGUGUUACCUGGUCAACCUGAAUGCAGAUCCUGCUCUCAAUGAGCUUCUGGUUUACUAUUUAAAGGAUCACACAAGAGUUGGUGCAGAUACUACACAGGAUAUACAGCUCUUUGGUAUAGGAAUUCAACCAGAACACUGCGAAAUCGAUAUUGCUUUAGAUGGAGAAGUUACACUCACACCAAAAGAAAAUGCAAGAUCCUGUGUAAACGGUACGCUGGUAUGUUCUGUCACUCAGUUAUGGCAUGGAGAUAGAAUAUUAUGGGGAAACAACCACUUUUUUAGAAUCAAUUUACCAAAGAGGAAACGUCGAGACUGGCUGAAAGACCUUGAGAAAGAAACUUCAUUAGGAGACCAUGAUCUGGAUGCAGCCAGUGAAGCUUCUUCAGAACCAGACUACAACUAUGAAUUUGCACAAAUGGAAGUUAUUAUGAAGACACUGAAUAGUAAUGACCCAGUACAAAAUGUGGUGCAGAUCUUGGAGAAGCAGUACUUGGAAGAGAAGCGGAGUGCUCUGGAGGAGCAGCGGCUGAUGUAUGAGCGUGAGUUAGAGCUGCUGCGACAGCAGUUGUCUCCAGAAAGGCAGCAUCAGCAUGGCAGCGACAGACUCUCCUACACUGCUCAGACUGCACAGCAGAAAGUAAAUCUCUGGACAGAAGAGAGGGAUGAAUUGUUUCGACAGAGCCUGGCUAAACUUCGAGAGCAGAUAGUAAAGGCAAAUACACUGGUGAGAGAAGCAAACUUCUUAGCAGAAGAAAUGAGUAAGCUAACAGAUUAUCAAGUAACACUUCAGAUCCCUGCUGAAAACCUCAGUGCCAACAAGAAGAGGGGCGCAAUAGUAAGCGAGCCUGCUAUUCAAGUGAGAAGAAAAGGAAAAGGUACUCAAGUGUGGACCAUUGAGAAACUAGAGAACAAACUGAUUGACAUGAGAGACCUCUAUCAAGAGUGGAAGGAGAAAAGUCCUGAGAUAAGGAAGCUGAUUGGCAAAAGAGGUGAUCCUUUUUAUGAAGCGCAAGAGAAUCACAACUUAAUUGGUGUUGCCAAUGUGUUUUUGGAGUGCCUUUUCCAUGAGGUGAAGCUGCAGUACGCUGUGCCCAUCAUCAGUCAGCAGGGGGAGGUUGCAGGACGGUUGCACGUUGAAGUAAUGCGAGUCACUGGGUCUGUCCCAGAACGUGUAGUAGAAGGAGAUGACUCAUCUGAAAACUCCAGUGAGAGUGGGAGUCUGGAAGUCACAGAUCACAAUGGAGAAAUUAUUCACAGAGCAAAGAAGCUCUCCUGCAGGGUGAAAAUAAAAGAAGCAACUGGACUGCCACCUAAUCUCUCCAACUUCGUCUUUUGUCAAUAUACAUUUUGGGAUCAAUGCGAGUCAACAGUAGCAGCGCCAGUGGUAGAUCCAGAUGUGCCUUCUCCUCAGAGUAAAGAUGCUCAUUUUACAGUGACUUUCUCCCACUGUAAGGAUUAUGUGGUGAAUGUCACAGAGGAGUUUUUGGAGUUCAUUUCAGAAGGAGCUCUUGCUGUUGAGGUGUGGGGUCACAGAUGCACUGGCAAUGGCAGCUCUAUUUGGGAAGUUGAUUCUCUUCAUGCAAAAACCAGAACACUGAGAGACAGGUGGAAUGAAGUAACUCGAAGAAUAGAAAUGUGGAUUUCCAUACAAGAGCUGAAUGAGAUGGGAGAAUAUACUGCAGUUGAACUCCAUCAGGCAAAAGAUGUGAACACAGGGGGAAUUUUCCAGCUUAGGCAGGGUCAUUCUCGCAGAGUUCAGGUGACAGUGACACCCGUACAGCAUUCAGGAACGUUGCCUCUCAUGGUUGAAGCAAUUCUUUCAGUCUCUAUAGGUGGUGUGACUGCCAGAUCAACCAAACUGCAAAGGGGCUUGGACAGCUACCAGAAGGAGGAGGAUGAUGGUGGUGAUAUGGAUAGUUACCAGGAAGAAGAUUUAAACUGUGUACGAGAAAGGUGGUCUGAUGCAUUGAUAAAACGCAGAGAAUACUUAGAUGAGCAGAUUCAAAAGAUCAGCAAUAAACAAGAAAAGUCUGAGGAUGACAUAGAGCGAGAAGCCCGGCUGGUCGAACAGUGGGUAGGGCUGACAGAAGAGAGGAACGCAGUGUUUGUUCCAGCACCAGGCAGUGGAAUUCCUGGUGCCCCUGCGAAUUGGAUUCCCCCUGCAGGGAUGGAAACACACAUACCCGUCCUUUUCCUUGAUUUGAAUGCUGACGACCUCAGUGCCAAUGAACAACUUAUAGGUCCCCAUGCAUCAGGAGUUAACUCAAUUCUACCAAAGGAGCAUGGGAGUCCAUUCUUUUACCUGCCGAUCAUAAAACACAGUGACGAUGAGGUUUCAGCCACUGCUGCUUGGGACUCUUCUGUUCAUGAUUCAGUGCACCUGAAUAGGGUAACUCCUCAAAAUGAGAGAAUUUACUUAAUAGUGAAGACUACUGUGCAGCUCAGCCACCCUGCUGCAAUGGAGCUGGUAUUACGCAAGAGGAUUGCAGCCAAUAUUUAUAACAAACAGAGUUUCACCCAGAGCCUGAAAAGGAGAAUAUCCUUGAAAAAUAUAUAUUAUGCCUGUGGAGUGACCUAUGAAAUUGUAUCCAAUAUACCAAAGGCUACAGAAGAAAUUGAGGACCGUGAGACCUUGGCACUGAUGGCCGCAAGGAGUGAGAAUGAGGGGACAGCUGAUGGUGAAACCUACAUUGAAAAAUACACACGUGGUGUGCUGCAAGUGGAGAACAUUUUGAGCCUUGAACGACUAAGACAGGCAGUCACAGUCAAAGAGGCACUCUCCACCAAAGCGAGAAACAUCCGCAGGAGCAUCAGCACUCCAAAUGUCCACAAUGUGUCCUGUAGCCGGUUAGAUCUCUCUGCCUGUGAUGAAGAUGACAAGGGUUGGUCUGAAAGUCACCUAGAUAUAUCUGACUGUUCUUCCAGUUACCAAGAUGUGUCAUGCUAUGGUACUUUACCCAGGGACUCACCUCGAAAAAGCAAAGAUGGCAGUGGUGUUGUAGCAGAGAAUUCCCAUGCUUUAAUGGCCAGCCCUUUUAAAGCAUUUUCUCCUCAGCCACCAAAAUUCUUCAAGCCCUUAAUGCCAGUGAAAGAGGAACAUAAAAGGAAGACCCCACUUGAAAGCAGACCUCUGCUUAGUCAAGAGAGCAUGCCUUCAUCUCAGGUGCAUGGCGCUGGCUGUGUGAUGCCUCCAGGAAGUCACGCCAGCAGCAUGCCUGUAGAAAGCAAUAGCAUACGUGAGGAAAAGAUUGACUCCGAGGAGGAAGACAAUGAGUUGGAGGCCAUCAAUAAGAAGCUGAUAAGUCCACAAAGUUUUCAGAAUUUCCGGCCUUACGUACCGGAGGAGUUUGCUGACUUCAGUGUUUACAAUGCUAGCCUGGAGAACAGGGAGUGGUUUUCUCCCAAAUCAGACUUCAUGAGUGCACGUGUUCUUGAGAAAGAGGUAUCCCGCAGCCCUACCACUAGCAGUAUUACUAGUGGCUACUUUUCCCACAGUGCCUCUAAUGCUACCCUGUCUGACAUGCUUGUUCCCUGUAGUGAUAGCACAGACCAGAUAGCCAGUCACAUGAAGGAGCUGGACUCUGAUGAUCCCCCAGGAUCAUCUGUUGCACAUGAUGCAAGAUCUUUGAACAAGGAAUGUCGAGAGGCAGAAAAGGAGUUAGCAAGAGAAAAGUCACCUGUGUUACCACUGAAAGAAAACAGUGCCUUAGUGGAACGAGUACCACUGUCUCUUGAUGCCACUGACAGAGACUCUCAGUUACCCAGAGCUGCAUCACUUUCAGCAUUAAGUUCCUCAGGUGGCAAAAAUACCUGUCAGACAAUUGAGUUUUCAGCGCGUGAAGCAACAGUGGAGCACGUGACGGACAUUCUGGAAGAUCACUCCUUUACGGAGUUCAUGGGCGUCGAAGAUGGAAAGGACUUUGACCAUUCGACAGCUCCGCAGUCAUGUUCCCUUGUGUCCUCUAAUGGAGUGAGUUCCUCAGAGUUACCCCAAAGCACUGACGAGGAGCAGAGCCUGUGCGUGGGCCAGCUGGGCUCUGCAGCAGUGGCAGGCAACCGACUUGCAGAUGCUGUGGAAAACCCUUUGUGUUCUAUACUGGCAAAAGAGACUUCAGAUCAUGAGACUUACCCUGAUGCUUCCAUAGAUGAUUUUAUUGGGAAGGACCACUUGGAUGGUUCUGAUUGUGAAGAAGGUGCUUCUGCAGAUCAAGCUCAUGUUUUGCCUAGCUGGGUUGCAGUGGGUGAACGAGUCUGUGUUGGAAGUAAUAAGAUGGGCACAGUGAGAUAUGUUGGAACAGUGGAUUUUUCUGCUGGAAUCUGGGUUGGAGUUGAACUGAACAUUCAGAUGGGGAAGCACGAUGGAACUGUAAAAGGCAAAGAGUACUUCCACUGCAAACCACGCCACGGUGUCUUUGUUCGUCCUGGGCGCCUCAGCAAAGCAUCAGCUUCCACGAGGAACUGGAGUAGCACUUCACGGUCUCAGGCAUCUUCUUCCACUUCAGAGAAACGGAAAAAGUCCAUGCUUCAAGGCUCAUCACCACCUCCUUCAACAGAAGUCCUCUGCCAUUCAGCAGACGCAGCAGCUUCUCCUUUUUCUAGGAAACAGGAAAACAGGAAAUCUUGGAUUAACUAAACGGCAGUAUUUUUGCACUUACUACACGCAUCACUGUGUAGAGAACUUUAUGGAUUUUGGAAGCUAUUGUACAUUUUAAUCUGUCCAUACAGAAUGUGUAUUCUCUAGAGUCCUCGACUUAAUGCUCUAAUAUUUUUAUAAAUAAUAUAUAUAUUAUAUAUAUAUAUAUAUAUGAAUGUGUAUCUAUAGUAUGUCUGCCAGUAGGCAGGCAUGGCUGCACACUAAAAUACAGUUAAAGCUGAUCUGUAGAUAGCUGAGGUACUGGACUAUUUGUUACACCACAACUCGGGAGAUCUAUUUUAAACAACAAAAAAUAUUUUAUUGUGGGGAAAAAAACCAGGAUGUAAAUCCUGUUUGGGAACAAAAGAAAAAAAAAAGAAGAAGCAGCUACAGUUUGCUGUUCUUAAUUACCAAAGAACCUGUUUUAGACUGACAAAUUUGCUGUUUCUAUCUUUCUAUUGUAAAUGUUUUAACUGACGACUUGGUGCCACAUUUCUUCUAGUCACUGGGCACCAUGCAGCCUUAUGUUCUGUGUUUAAGCACACUGAAAUAUCCAACUGCUUCAUAUUUUUUGUCUUCCUAGAGGCCUGCCACUGUGCUGACUUGGCAUUGAAUGGAAAUUAUUAACAAUGCCUGAAGCUAUAUGUCUGGCAUUUCAUAUGUUAGCAUAAGCCAGCCAGGCAGUUUGACUGCAGAAACAGUAUUACUGCAAGAGGUGAGAGGACAACUUUUGGGGGGUGAGAGGGGUUGAGGUUUUUUGGGUGUAGGGGGAAAUGGAGAAACAAAGAAGCAGUAAAUGGAUCAUGACUGCAAACUUUGCACUUGUUACUUGCUGGUUAUUAUCAAGAUGAAAUAGAACCUGCUAAAGGAAUUUUAAUCUGUAAAGUUUAUUUUAAUAAUGGGAAUGAUGGAGGGAUUUAUGUCUGGUGCUCAUGAAUUCCUACGAAGGUUGUUCACAUGUAGAUACUGUAGAUGCCUGUACAAGUGUUCUGGAUAUUUGUAAAGUAACAUGGUAAAAAAAGAGUGAAGUGAAUGGCCUGCUCUAUCUGUUCUUUGUUUCUUAGCAAGUGAGUGAGUGAGAUACCUGGGACCUUACUGAAAAGCUGCUGUUUUUUCUUUGAUUGUUGUGUACAGUAAGCAGACUUUCAUAUUUUAAAAUUUACUGUAAAGAACUGUAAUUUAUAUACUGCCAUACUGUAUUUAAUUGGUACAGACCUAUUGUGUGUUAGAAUACAGACUGUUUACUUGGGAUUUAAAAAAAAAAAAAAGUAAUGUUUUCCUUGUAUUUGGUACAAUUAGGUUUCAUGGUCAAAUAGCAACUUGGGUUUUAGCUGCAAAGUACCUUGUAAGAAUGCUGAAGUACCGUGUGAUUGGAAUGGAAGGCUGGGUGGCAUUAACCUGUUCACUGGUUGAUGCAGUGUUGAGAGGAGAAUAGCAGCCCCUAUUGGAUACACGUUCCUCACUUGAUGCUUUCCCCAUCCUUCAUCUGAGGGAGAGUGGAGCUGGGGAACUCCUGCCAGAGAAUGGUGUUAUGUGGGUCAAGGGGAGAAGGGACAAGUUCUUGGAAGACAGACAAGACAGACUCAUUGCUAAAUAUGUAAAUGUGUCGGCCGAGUACAACAUAGUUGGCAGCUGGGAGGGUAAUGUGCUGGGGAUGGUGAAAGCAGGUGGUGCGAAGUUCAGUGUGCUUGCCCUCGAGGUAGCUUUGGGCUCCUCUGAGACAGGAUGUGUUAACUGAUUUUGGUGGAAUCAAUAUCUUUGCAGAAGUUUUUGUACUUCUAUUGUCCAGCUAGAGUUGCUCUUGCUGCCUUGGUGAUAGUACUACUGGAGGAAACUACCAUAACAAGAAAAAACAUGUCUGCAUAAAGUGUUUCAUCA